AUGAGCGCCGCCGCCGUUCGCCCUCCCGUCGCAGGAACCCCCCUCUCCCAAUCGCCCCCAAAUCCGUCCCGCCCUACCGUCGCAACCAAGGCCCAGCUCCCCCGUCGCUCGUAUCCGCCCCACCGUCGCUCGUUCUCCCUGGAUGAACAUCGCCCAGCUCCCCCGUCGCAGCCAAGCCGCCGUUCGCCCCCAAAUCCGUCCCGCCCUACCGUCGCAACCAAGGCCCGCGCUCCCCCGUCGCUCGUAUCCGCCCUACUGUCGCUCGUUCUCCCUGGAUGA